ACAAUACAUUUAUAAUACCAAUGUUGGGUGCACUGCUUGCUUUGCGAUUGACCUCCCAUCUACAGGUAGCAUUGCGAACAUCUGGAUUCCGGAAAUGACUGUGGUUUCCCAUCGUUCAAUUCGCGAAGUUCUUUUCCUGCGUUCAUUAGCAUCGCAAUAUGGGUCGCGUUAGGACAAAGACCGUGAAGAAAGCAGCGAGAGUAAUAAUAGAGAAAUAUUAUACUAGACUGACAUUGGAUUUUCACACUAAUAAGCGAAUAUGCGAAGAAAUCGCAAUCAUUCCUAGCAAACCAUUAAGGAAUAAAAUUGCAGGCUUUGUCACUCACCUCAUGAAACGCCUGCGGCAUAGCCAAGUCCGUGGUAUCUCCAUCAAACUGCAAGAAGAGGAGAGAGAGCGCCGUGAUAACUAUGUUCCAGAAGUGUCUGCCCUUGAACAUGACAUCAUUGAGGUAGAUCCUGAAACAAAGGAAAUGCUGAAGAUGUUGGAUUUCAAUAACAUUAUUGGUCUGCAACUCACUCAGCCAGCUACACAAUCAUUUGGGCGUCGUCCAUAAACAUAUUUUCAAUUUUGUCUAUUAUAAAUAAAGUGUAAACUGAAACAAGA